CGCUUUGCGGGGCUACUGUGACCGAGAGUAGCUCCACUCUGCGCAGGCCUGCUAACGAAACGAAAAAAUGCCCCGCCAUCGAAAGCGCCCCUCCAUCACCAAUUUUGAACAGACAGACCUUGAGUCACCCUCCGACGAGUCACUUUGAGACGUUCUUGGAAGCGGCUCUUCCCCACGACUUCGUCUCUCUUGAUGCACGCUUGGAAUUAUCCAGUUCAACCUUUUGGAGUGGACAAGACACGAUGCCGAAAGUCCACCUGCUCGAUUAUGUUGCUGGCAACGUGCGCAGUCUCGGCAAUGCCAUUGAGAAGAUAGGGUACGAGGUCGAGUGGGUUAGGACGCCCGAGGAGGUCGCAAAUGCUGAGAAACUGAUUCUCCCCGGUGUCGGCCACUUCGGCCACUGCCUCUCGCAACUGUCUUCGGCGGGCUACAUGCCUGCACUGCGCGCACAUAUUGAUUCGGGAAAGCCGUUUAUGGGAAUAUGCGUUGGGUUGCAGGCUCUGUUCUCUAGCUCCGCCGAGGACCCUGAAUGCUCUGGAUUUGAUGUUAUUCCUGGAACACUCGACCGGUUUGACGACGCAACAAAAGCAGUACCGCACAUCGGAUGGAACAGUGCAUCGUGCCCCACGAAUCCCACGUUAUACGGCCUGCGCCCCGACUCCAAGUACUACUACGUUCACUCGUACAAGUUUCCGUACAAUAAGGGGGAGCUAGAAGCUUUGGGAUGGGCUGUGGCCACUGCGACAUACGGCGGCGAGACCUUUGUGGGCGCCGUGGCAAAGGGCAACGUUUUGGCUACGCAGUUUCACCCUGAGAAAAGCGGAGUUGCGGGCCUGAGAACGCUCCGCGCAUUUUUGGACGGGUCUGGCGCUGCGGCAUUGGCGACGCAGUCUCCAGGGGCAACCAACGGCGUCGCGGAUACCCUGAUCGCACACGAAGGGCUGACAAGGCGUAUAAUUGCGUGUCUCGACGUGCGCACCAACGACCAGGGGGACUUGGUUGUUACCAAGGGCGACCAGUAUGACGUGCGGGAGAAGUCUGACCGGUCUGUAAGAAACCUUGGCAAGCCGGUCGAGCUUGCGAGGAAGUACUACGAGCAAGGAGCCGACGAGGUGACGUUCUUGAAUAUCACUUCCUUUCGCGACUGCCCGAUUGCCGACUUGCCGAUGUUGGAGAUUCUAAGGAAAACAUCGGAAACUGUUUUCGUCCCGCUGACGAUAGGCGGCGGCAUCCGGGACACGGUGGAUGUAGAUGGAACCAAGGUCUCGGCCCUCGAGAUUGCAACCAUGUACUUCAAGAGCGGAGCCGAUAAGGUAUCCAUUGGCAGCGAUGCCGUCCUUGCUGCUGAGGAGUACUAUGCGGGGGGGAAGUCACUGUUCGGGGACACUGCUAUCGAGCAGAUCAGCAAAGCAUAUGGCAACCAAGCGGUUGUCGUGAGUGUGGACCCCAAGCGGAUAUAUGUGCCCAGGCCUGAUGUCACACGCCACGCAACGCUGAAGACGCAAUAUCCCGGGCCAAAGGGGGAGCAAUACUGCUGGUACGCGUGUACCAUCAAGGGAGGGAGGGAGACCCGGGAUAUGGACGUUGUGGAGCUUACUCAAGCCGUUGAGGCGAUGGGUGCGGGAGAGAUCUUGCUCAACUCCAUCGACAAGGACGGCACGAACAGCGGGUUCAAUCUGGAGCUAAUUACGCAGGUCAAGGAGGCGGUUAGGAUACCUGUCAUUGCUAGCAGUGGAGCAGGAAUCCCUGACCACUUCCAGGAGGUCUUUGAGAAGACGACGACAGAUGCUGCUCUGGGCGCUGGAAUGUUCCACAGAGGCGAGUAUACUGUACAACAGGUGAAAGACUUCUUAGGGGCCAAGGGUCUCGUGGUUAGAUACUUUGAAGGAGACCUCUAGGCUAUGUCACCUCUAAUUCAUCACGUUAUUGGUCUGAGU